CCCGCGAGACAUUCGUUGCGGGACCGGCCCUGUGGCUGAAAUCUCGCGAGCAUUGCAGGCGGUAGUGGCGGGAUGUGCGGGGGCUGUGUGAGCACCGAGUACCCGGAGCGGGGAACCACCUGCUUGGAGGGCGGAUCUUUCCUUCUCAACUUCGUGGGGUGCGCCCAGUGCGGCCGCCGGGACUUCGUGCUGCUCAGCAACCGGGCGGAGGGCCUGCACGGCGGGGAGGAGAUCGUCACCUAUGACCACCUCUGCAAGAACUGCCACCACCUGAUUGCACGCCACGAGUACACCUUCAGCGUGGUGGAUGACUACCAGGAGUACACCAUGCUGUGCCUGCUCUGUGGCCGUGCCGAGGACUCCAUCAGCAUCCUGCCCGACGACCCCCGCCAGAUGACUCCCCUCUUCUGAACCUGCAUGGAUGCUGCAGAUCCCAACUCUGGAUGCUCCCAUGC